AUGGCACAAGUGGAAAAGUCUAUCUUAAAGGCUGGAAACACUGCUCCAGGCGAAGACAAACUCCAAACUAACAUCCUAAAGAUAGCCUGGCCACUGAUCAAGGACAAGAUCUUAUACUUUAGACACGCGAUUCUCACUAUUCUGCAAAAGCCUAGUAAGGAAGACUGGACUAACUCUAGAUCCUAUAGGCCUAUCACUCUCCUCUUAGUCCUAGGAAAGGGCCUUGAACAUCUAGUGGCACAGAACAUGGCCUGGAUAGCAAUCCACUACAAGGUCCUAGCAAGCCAACAAUUUGGAGCCCUCCCUCUAAGAUCAGCAAUCAAUCUAACCACAUGUCUAACACACGACAUAGAAUAA